GGUGGAACUGAACUUCUUAAAAGCCUGUUACGCUCACGCGAUCCGUCUGGCGGCCUCUUCGAUCAUACAUUUCCUAAUUCCAGUGCCAUUCCAAAUAAAACUUCUGUAGGCUCAAGCACUAUAGCUGGGGAUGGCUCCUUCGGAUCGAAUAAGGGACUUGGCUCGAAGGAAAUUCAUCUGACGCACCACGAAGUGUCGAAUGAUUGCCUUCUAUUAUCUUGUUCUAAUACUCCGAAGGCGACUACAUAUACGGAGAUUCAACAGAGCAGGCUGAAUCCUACUAACGUGGCAGCUGCUACAACUGUAUGCACUGCAGAAGCCUCUGCCUCCCAACCAGAUACUGCGGUUCUUCAACGUCGGCAAUUUCACCUGCCGCCCGUCACUGCUUCAGGCCACCUGAACUGGAGCCUGCUACCACAAGGCGGUCGGUUAGUCGGCAAUAUACCACCGCUGGCUGCUAACGCCUUAUUGCCUGAGACCCAACAGGAAUGGCUGGAGUCAGCUAUGUUCCGAGUUUCUCCUGGUUUAAAAGUAAAGGAUAUUAGCCUUUUGCGAAGGAUGCUAACUUCUGUGCCAAACGGGUAA